GGCACGCGCCGCCGCCAGGGAGGCCGGGCGAGGCCGCGGAGGCGGAGGCCCGGCGCCCUGGGCGGCGCGCGGCCCGCAAAGUCCGUCCUCCCCGUUAGGCGACGAGCGGCCGAGGGGAGGGGACAGCCUGGCAGGCAGGAAGCUGCAGCUUAAAAGGGCAGCCCGCCCAAGCCCUUCCUCCCUUGGUCCCAGGCCUCGGAAUACACCUCGCACUCCUCUUCUUUCCACCCGUCGCCAUGUACCGUCGCCUGGGAGAAGCACUGCUGCUGUCCCGCGCGGGGCCCGCCGUCCUGGGCUCGGCAGCCACCGACUCGGCCGCGCUGCUGGGCUGGGCCCGCGGGCAGCCCGCCGCCGCCCCGCAGUCCGGGCUCGCGCCACCCGCCCGGCGCCACUACAGCGAGGCGGCAGCCGACCGGGAGGACGACCCCAACUUCUUCAAGAUGGUGGAGGGCUUCUUCGACCGCGGCGCCAGCAUCGUGGAGGACAAGCUGGUGGAGGACCUGAGGACCCGGGACAGCGAGGAGCAGAAGCGGAACCGGGUGCGCGGCAUCCUGCGGAUCAUCAAGCCCUGCAACCAUGUACUGAGCGUCUCCUUCCCCAUCCGGCGCGACGACGGCUCCUGGGAGGUCAUCGAGGGCUACCGGGCCCAGCACAGCCAGCACCGCACGCCCUGCAAGGGAGGUAUCCGUUACAGUACUGAUGUAAGUGUAGAUGAAGUAAAAGCAUUGGCUUCACUGAUGACAUACAAGUGUGCUGUAGUUGAUGUGCCAUUUGGGGGUGCCAAAGCAGGUGUUAAGAUCAACCCUAAGAACUAUACGGAUAAUGAAUUGGAAAAGAUCACAAGGAGGUUCACCAUGGAGCUAGCAAAGAAGGGUUUUAUUGGUCCUGGCAUUGAUGUGCCUGCCCCAGACAUGAGCACGGGUGAGCGGGAGAUGUCCUGGAUCGCUGACACCUAUGCCAGCACCAUAGGGCACUAUGAUAUUAAUGCACAUGCCUGUGUUACUGGUAAACCCAUCAGUCAAGGAGGUAUCCAUGGACGCAUCUCUGCUACUGGCCGUGGUGUUUUCCAUGGGAUUGAAAACUUUAUCAAUGAAGCUUCUUACAUGAGCAUUCUAGGAAUGACACCAGGCUUUGGAGAUAAGACAUUUGUUGUUCAGGGAUUUGGUAACGUAGGCCUGCAUUCCAUGAGAUAUUUACAUCGUUUUGGUGCUAAAUGUGUUGGUGUUGGUGAGUCUGAUGGGAGUAUAUGGAAUCCAGAUGGUAUUGACCCAAAGGAACUGGAAGAUUUCAAAUUGCAACAUGGAUCAAUUCUGGGCUUCCCCAAGGCAAAAGUCUAUGAAGGAAGUAUCUUGGAGGCUGACUGUGAUAUACUGAUCCCUGCUGCCAGCGAGAAGCAGUUGACCAAAUCCAAUGCACCCAGAGUCAAAGCCAAGAUCAUUGCUGAAGGUGCCAAUGGACCGACCACUCCAGAAGCUGAUAAGAUUUUCCUGGAGAGGAGCAUCAUGGUUAUUCCAGAUCUCUACUUGAAUGCUGGAGGAGUGACAGUGUCUUACUUUGAGUGGCUGAAGAAUCUAAAUCAUGUCAGCUAUGGUCGAUUGACCUUCAAAUAUGAAAGGGAUUCUAACUACCACUUGCUCAUGUCUGUUCAAGAGAGUUUAGAAAGAAAAUUUGGAAAGCAUGGAGGAACCAUUCCUGUCGUACCCACAGCAGAGUUCCAGGACAGGAUAUCGGGUGCUUCAGAGAAAGACAUCGUGCACUCAGGCCUAGCCUACACUAUGGAGCGUUCUGCCAGGCAAAUUAUGCGCACAGCCAUGAAGUAUAACCUGGGCUUAGACCUGAGAACAGCUGCCUAUGUCAAUGCCAUUGAGAAAGUCUUCAAAGUGUACAACGAAGCCGGUGUGACCUUCACAUAGAUGCAUCAUGGCUGAUGUCCUCACCACCCUCUUCAUCUGUAACUUUGGCAGACCUAUCGCAAGUUUACCUGUAACCACAGAACUCUCUCACAAGUCAUUAGAUAAUGGACACUGUUCUCAACAAGUCACUCUCAGUCAGCCCUUAAGAAGAAAGAGAUUAAGGUUAGGAAAUCAUGUACAAGCUGAUGAGUGUCAUAAAGUGUAAAUCACCUAUGCCACAGAGCCAUUUAGGUCUUUGGCCUUUAAAUAAAUCUCUUCCAUCUGACUCUGCUGCCUUGCUCUAGACUCUUCCCAACAGGGUCAGUGCUGUUGCCAGGGCAGGCAGUCAAGAGCGAUCACUUAUUGGUGGUGUAGAGCACCUGUCUAGCGAGCAUGACUCCCUGAGUUCAAACCCCAGUACCGCAAUAGCAACAAUAAAAAGAGCAGUCACUUGCCCUGGACAAGUGUAUGGCAUUUUCAGAAGGUAGCAUGGUCCUCGAGUGCAUUAUUGGUAUUUUAUGUCAGCAGAAUAACUCAAUUUUAUAAGUUGCAAACAAAAUAAUGCCGUUUCUCUUAUGCAUUUUAUUUCAGAAUAAAAUAAAAACAUGCUGCUGUAAUAAAAUUGCCUUUAAUCACUUAACAAGCCUAACCUUGACGCAAACAGUAAAUGCCUAUAAACAUAAUAAAUUAAGAAAGCUAGUAUUUUUAUAACAUAAAACAGUAUCAUUUAUAGGUUUUCAGUCACAUAAUUGUUGUCCAGCAAAAAUAAAAAGCUCUAUGGAGAACUCUUCAUACCUGCACAUGACAGACGCUAUUUUUUGGGAAUUUGCAGACUGUAAUUAUGACACAUAGUCCAAAGAAAGCAGUAACUUCCUUAUCAUGUUAACUACUUCUUUCCUUUUGUGUUGAGUAAUUGAAUUGAACCGUAAUUUGAGUAGUGUCACAAAAAAAAAAAAAAACCACUCGGGUUCCCUGUUUGGAGUCUGGUGGGGUCUGAGCAGUGCCAGUGGCCCUGGCUCAGCCCACCAUGCCCUCUCCGUUCAGAGACUUCACAUUCUGCACCCUGCUUCACUAACAGCAGGCUGGAGAUGACCUGGGGCUGAGUGCUUUGUAGGGAGUUGCUUCGUCAGGGCCUUCUGAACAGUAGUGUCCCGUGAAGUCCUAGAUACUAUUUAUGUAACAAUGA